UUGGAUAUACAAUCCAGUUUGUUUUUUGAAUUUGGCGGUCGUAUGCGACAUCGUCUAUGUCGCUACGUUGUCGCCCUGCUGCUCCGCCGCCAAAAACUGUGCGAGCGAACUUUGUACCCCCGGGGAGGGGACUCGACCAUCGCGGUCUAGCCGUAGCCGUCCGUCGCUAUCGCUUUUUGUCGUCGUUUCUGAUCCGUCUAGGACACAAGUGUCGCGUCUCCGCCGUCUUGGCACCUUUUGGGUUAAAACCUCGUGUUUCUGACCAACGCGACCCGGUGCGCCGUCGCCGUUAAUACCGCCAUAUUGUUGUUCCGUGCACCCGAGCCUCGCUGCUCACGAACUUGUCGCGUACGAGCGUUUACGCGAUUCUAGUUCCGGCCGUCCGUGCCGACACCACGACUUAUUGUUUUUGUAUCCGUCGCCCGUCCGAGUAUUCGCUGUGCGACCUCAAGUCGUGGUCACCCACCUAUUUCGUUUGUUUGUUUUUCGCCCGUCCGUUCGACGACGAGUGAACCCGCCUCGCGGUCGUUGCCGCUUAAUUGUGUUUUUUUUGUAUUUCGUCGUCACCAGUACGACAUUCGCACUGCGAAAUCCGCCUCACGCGUCCACGUGCUUUUCCGUCCGUCCGCCCUACAUCGUACGAACGUGUCAGCCACGACGUGUUAUAGUUUUGCCGUUUUUGUACCGCGUUGUCACGUCGCGACAACGGGUGCCGAACGUAGUUUUGCCCGCGCCGGCUUAUUUGAAUAUUCGUUCCGACGUCUCCACGCCUUCGUCGACCAAUUCGCCGUUUUCGACGGAAGUGCCAUUGUCGCACACUUCACCGACGUGACCAACAUUAUCAUCGUCGUUUGGGACAACAGCUCCAUCACCGUUUUAUCACCUGCUAUCAACCAUCAGCGUUAUCAGGUCGUACACACGCUCACUAUUUGUUUUGUUAUCAUUUAUCGUCAUACGUCUUCGACGUGUUUUGUAUUAUUAUUUUUAUCUGAUUUAUUCGUCGUACUCGACGCACAUAUUAUUAUAUUGAUUUUGCCGAUCGGCUUGUGAUCGCGCACCACUAACACUAGUACGUAAGAAUAUCUCGAUUGCAGCAUAUUAUAAUAAAUUGUCAUAUUUGUCUAAUGUAAACGAUUGGUUCAAUUGUAUUGUAUUUUGGGUACCUCGCAUCAUCGUUAUUUUAGUAUUGUUUUAUCUAUCAGCUCCUAUUCCAUAUUAUAUUUUACAUACAGUCCACUUCCCCCCUCCCACAGGGUUAUCGAUUUUAAGACGUAAUUAUAAUCACACAUUUUCACCGGCUUCUUGUGCAGCCCUACCGCACAUUGUUUGGUCCUUCGAACCGGAUAUUAUUUUUGUGUGAUUUUUUCGUUACAAUCUUAUUAAAUUAAAUUGUUAUACAUUUGUUUCGUAUUUCUGUCGUCAUGCCACCAAAAAAGGAAGAGACUCCCGAAAACGCUCUAGCUCGAGCUCGUGUCAAACGCGACAACGUUUUAAAUUCUAUUAAAAGUAUUCAUGCCACAGCCUUAGCUGCCCGUGCUGAUGCUAACCGAGUACUGUCGUUAAUUAUUCACGCCGAUGAUUUAAAUGAAUACGUCGAACAAUUUCAACGUCAACAAGAUGUUAUUAUUAACGCGUUAAUCGAUCUUAAUCGUGUUGCGGAAUUUGAUCAAGAUGAUCGUCCUAUGAUCGCCUCUUUGGAGAGUAUGCGUCUCGAAAUUAAAACAGUCGUCGCGAGUGUCGUUCCCGUGAGUGCUUCCGAAAUUAAAUCGUCUGCUUCGUCGUCGAUCGCGUCCGCGCCACAACAAUUCGUUCCGUUACCGAAGAUUCAGCUGCCCAGCUUCAACGGUAGUUUAUUAGAGUGGCGAUCGUUCCGCGAUAUUUACGUAUCUCUCGUACACGAUAACACCGGCAUUGGUGAUGCCGAACGUUUUCAUUAUCUACUAUCGUGUUUAUCGGGUGACGCUCUCGCCGUUGUCAAAGCAAUACCGCUGUCCGCGAACAACUACGCCCUCGCUUGGGAAGCACUGUCCGUUCGGUUCGACAAUAAACGCCUGUUAGCGUCGGCACAUUUAGACAAGUUAUUCGCAUUUAAACCUAUUACACAUCAAUCGCUUCCAGCUUUGACAUCAUUUAUCAACACAUUCAAAGAAAAUGUAGCUAUUAUUAAAGCGCUCGGUGUUAACGACCUUUCAAGUUUUUUAUUAUUCCAUAUGGGUUCUCGAGUUCUCGAUCCGACCACGAUUCAAUUAUUCGAAUCCAAUGCGUCGAAUUCUACAAUUCCGACAUUCGACGAGUUACUAAAUUUUGUACAACAACGGUGCAGAAUAUUAGAGAACGUAAAAAAUUCUACUAAACAAGAUAUUACCGUUAAACCGCAUGACAAGUCUAAGGCGCAGUCUCACAAAACGUUUGUGCCCAAAAAAUCCGUUUUUGCCGCUACUACGUCUACAUCGACCAAGUCGAAAUCGAGAGGUUGCCUGUCAUGUGAUAAGACUGACCACAAUAUCUAUCAAUGUCCGAAGUUCAACGAAAUGUCCGUCGACAAACGCCGAAAUGUUGUAUUGUCGCGCAAAUUGUGUUUCGCGUGCAUGAGUCCGUCGCACAUGCUCGACACCUGCCCGUCAAAAGGAGGGUGCCGCUCAUGCAGUAGUAAACGUCAUCACUCCUUACUACAUCGUGAACAAAAUCGAACGUCAACUACAGACAAUACGACUCCGAACACUACCUCGAUAUCGCAACCUACCACGUCGAGUGGAGGUUCUAGUUCACUUGUCGGUGCAGCCUGCACCAAUUCUACCGUCGUACUCGGUACGGCGAUUGUCCAUAUUAUAGACGCUUGGAAACGAGUACAGUGCGUACGGGUGCUGCUCGAUAGUGGCUCGCAGAUUUCGGCCGUGACCAGUGAUUGUGCCGCGCGGCUUGGAUUUUCGAAACGUCGUUAUAAGUCUGACAUCGUUGGUCUCGCGCAAAAUCCUGUGUCCCACGUGCAAGGUGUAACUAGCUGUCAAUUUUCGUCACGUUUUAAAUCGGACUAUUUAUUUCCGUCCGUUGAAUUAGUUAUUUUAAAACAAAUUACCGCUGCCAUGCCGUCCACGCGGUUGCCGAUAGCCGUGCGUCAACAGUACCAACACCUCCGUCUCGCAGACGACAAUUUCGACAUUCCGUCGCGCAUCGACGUUUUAUUCGGCGCAGACAUUUUACCUAGUCUUAUUCGCCCACACGCGGGUGUGGAGCAGCAUCCGGGUUUACCAUCGGCCCUCGACACUCAACUUGGCUGGAUAAUUUUCGGCUCAUUCUCCACUCCGAGCAAGUCACCCCCAGUCACGCUGACCACCGCCAUCGCUCCGCCUUCAAUCGGAGAUUUGUUACAAAAGUUUUGGUUGGUCGAAGAACCCGCCGCACCUACGUCACCCACCACGGAAGAUCAGUGGUGUGAAGAAUAUUUUACCAAAUCUACUUCGCGUGAUUCUACCGGUCGAUUUUGUGUCGCACUACCAUUUCGUCAUUUGUUCGCGAAUACGGCUCAACAACAAGACACAUUACGUCACGGUCUCGGUGAUUCGCGCUCUAUCGCGCUGAAACGUUUUUACAACUUAGAAAAACGAUUGACUAAGGAUUCCGAGUUGUAUGCUGCUUAUCGCAAGUUCAUGUCCACCUAUCAAUCAUUAGGACACAUGGUACCGGCUCCGGAACCUGGUAAAUAUUUUAUUCCGCACCACGCCGUGCUCAAGGCUGACGGUGACGUGUCCAAAAUUCGCGUCGUGUUCGACGCAUCGUCUGUUUCGUCUUCCGGUCGCUCGUUAAACGAUGUAUUAUGCACCGGACCCAAACUUCAAAUUGAUUUACGUGAUAUUCUACUUCGUUGCCGUAUGUACAGGUACAUUUUGUCCGCCGACAUCGUUAAAAUGUAUCGGCAAAUCUUAAUUCGUCCAGAAGACCGGGCAUUUCAACAUAUAUUUUGGCGCGACUCGCCUACUGACGACCUCGUCGAAUUUCAAUUAUGUACUGUAACGUACGGUCUCAACUGCGCCCCGUAUCUUGCCAUUCGUUGUCUUCACAAGCUCGACCGGCAAGACGGUCAUCGUUUUCCGCUUGCCAAAGAUGUCCUUACUCGAGCCGCCUACGUCGAUGACAUCGUUAUCGGGGCCGAAGCCGACGAGCUCCUACUACGUCGGAAAGAGGAUAUUGUCGGUCUAUUACGUAGUGGUGCCUGCAUGUUGAGCAAGUGGACUAGCAAUAGUACCAUCGUCCUCGAGUCCGUUUCUCCCGAUGACCGCGUGCUGUCUAUAUCGUUCGAUCCGCGCGAAGAACACUCCGUAAAGGUCCUAGGUUUGCAUUGGGACCCGAAUACCGACAAAUUUGCCUAUCAUACCAGUCUUAACCACAUGUCUUCGACGAAGCGUCAGGUGUUGUCCGUCAUUGCCCGUCUGUUCGACCCUAUUGGUGCCCUUGGCCCUAUGCUUUUGUGGGCAAAAUAUUUUAUGCAACGAUUAUGGUGCGAUAAACUCGGGUGGGACGAUCCGAUGUCCCCCGAACUGCAAUCUAUGUGGCAACAAUUUUGCACUGAGCUUCCGCUUGUAUUCGAUCUAAAUCUUCCACGUCACAUCGACGUCGUCUGUCAUCAGGACGUUCAGUUAUUGGGUUUCGCGGACGCCUCAAUCAAAGGAUAUGCAGCGGUUGUGUAUCUCCGUUUCAUUAACGCCGCCGGUGACAUCUCCGUCAAAUUCAUCACCUGUAAGACCAAGGUCGCUCCUCUGAAGAGUGCCGCCGCCAACGAGUCACUCUCCAUACCUCGCUUGGAAUUAUGCGGGGCCCUGUUGUUGGCCCAGACACUUCAUCACGUCCAAUGUGUGUUGUCUACCGAAGUGUCUAUUUCUCGUUUGCGCGCGUGGUCUGACUCGUCAGUUGUUCUUUCGUGGUUGACCGUGGACCCAAAACAAUUCAAAAUUUUUGUGACCAAUCGGGUCGCUAAAAUACAUCAGUUAUUACCGGGUUGCGUGUGGAAUUAUGUCUCAACGCACGACAAUCCUGCAGAUCCCGCAUCCCGCGGCCUGUUGCCGAAAGCCAUGUUGUCAUCAUCCAUUUACUGGAACGGUCCUGAGUUCCUACGGCUUCCCGAAGACCAGUGGCCCCAAUCGAAAUUUAUCCCGUUCGCCCCAGAACAGCUGCCAGAGAUCCGGCCGAAUGUCACCAUGACGUUGGCCGUCAAUGUUUAUCCGUCAUCGCUAGAAUUUAUUGAUCGAUUUUCGUCGCUCGCCAGAAUGCUGCGCGUAUUGUCCUACAUAUCGCGCUAUUUGUGUCAUCGUCUUCGUCGACAACCUGUUCGCGUCGGUCCAAUUACGUUCGCCGAACGGGAAAAUGCAUUAUCCAUCGCCGUGCAGCGCACGCAACAACAUUAUUUCGCCGACUUACUAAAGAUGUUGAAAAUCAAAUCUGUGAUUUCGCCGCCGUCCCUGGCGCAGUUGGCACCCUAUGUAGACGAAAAGGGUAUCAUACGGGUUGGAGGCCGUCUGCGCUUUUCCGAUAUUAGUCAUGACGCGAAGCAUCCGAUAUUGUUGCCGCGGUCUUCGCAUCUCACCGAGUUAAUCAUCCGUCACUAUCAUUUGUCAUUUCUACACGGCGGACCAAAAUUAGUAAUGUCAAUGCUCAGCCAAAAAUUUUGGAUUUUGUCGGGUCGCGCUGCGAUUCGACGUGUCAUUUUUUCAUGCGUGCCGUGCACACGUCACAAAGCCGCCCGCCCGCAGCCGAUUAUGGCCGAUCUACCGUCCUUCCGGGUCCAGUCUCAUCGACCGUUUUCACACGUUGGAAUGGACUACGGAGGACCAUUCUUCGUAAAGGAACAUCGCCGUCGAAAUGCGCAGUCGGUCAAAAUUUAUCUCGCGCUAUUCAUCUGUAUGUCCGUCAAGGCAGUGCACCUUGAAAUCGUGUCGGACCUCAGCACAGACGCCUUCCUCGCGGCCCUGGACCGUUUCGUCGCCCGACGUGGCAUUCCAUCCAACAUUUAUUCGGACUGCGGUACGAACUACGUCGGCGCCGCGCGCCAGCUGAAAGCGUUGUUCCGCGAUGCCAAGGUUCAAGACCAACUUUCGUCACACUUGACUUGUACAUGGCACUUCAACCCGCCUGCCGCGCCACAUUUCGGCGGAAUUUGGGAAGCUGGCAUCAAAAGCGUAAAGUUUCAUUUAAAGCAUGUCAUUGGCCAACAAGUACUGACGUACGAAGAGUUCCUUACUUUGACCACCCGUAUCGAGGGCAUUUUGAACUCCCGACCGAUUACGCCGAUGUCCUCCGAUCCGCACGACUUGAGUGCGUUAACGCCGGGGCAUUUUCUGAUUGGACAACCGCUCCAAGCCGUGCCCGAACCUGACAUUACCGACGUUCAAAUCAACCGCCUCAACCGAUGGCAACUCAUCCGACAGUGUCAUCAAUCUUACUGGAAACGAUGGUCACGAGAGUAUUUGUCGACACUGCAAGGUCGUCAAAAAUGGUCAAAGACGACUCCGAAUUUAACGAUAGGCGACAUGGUCAUCGUGGAAGCUCCGUCUCGACCACCAACAGAGUGGCGUCUCGGUCGCAUCACAGAGGUCCACCCCGGCUCCGACGAUGUCGUUCGCGUUGUGUCCGUGCGCACCCAAGACGGUGUUUACAAGCGUCCAGUCGUGAAACUUGUACGUCUACCGAUCGAACCCUGACCUUCGUCCUUACGUCCUCGUCAUGUACAUAUUCUAAUUAUGCUAUUAUUUUCUCGUGCAUCAGUCACUAUUUUCAUUUAUGUAAUCCCUGUUAAUUAUUUGUCGGUUGAUGCGUGUUAGGUACCCGUAAUGAUUUAUUUUAUUUGUAUUAUUUGUUAUGAUAUUUUAGUUAUCUAUUUAUUUUUUUUUUUUCUCGUAACUUUGUAAUGUGUACGAUCUGAACUUCAACUUCAAUAUUCAACUCUGAUGUUUUUUGAAAGACCCUGGAUCUUUCAACCCGGGGAGGAAAUGUUGGAUAUACAAUCCAGUUUGUUUUUUGAAUUUGGCGGUCGUAUGCGACAUCGUCUAUGUCGCUACGUUGUCGCCCUGCUGCUCCGCCGCCAAAAACUGUGCGAGCGAACUUUGUACCCCCGGGGAGGGGACUCGACCAUCGCGGUCUAGCCGUAGCCGUCCGUCGCUAUCGCUUUUUGUCGUCGUUUCUGAUCCGUCUAGGACACAAGUGUCGCGUCUCCGCCGUCUUGGCACCUUUUGGGUUAAAACCUCGUGUUUCUGACCAACGCGACCCGGUGCGCCGUCGCCGUUAAUACCGCCAUAUUGUUGUUCCGUGCACCCGAGCCUCGCUGCUCACGAACUUGUCGCGUACGAGCGUUUACGCGAUUCUAGUUCCGGCCGUCCGUGCCGACACCACGACUUAUUGUUUUUGUAUCCGUCGCCCGUCCGAGUAUUCGCUGUGCGACCUCAAGUCGUGGUCACCCACCUAUUUCGUUUGUUUGUUUUUCGCCCGUCCGUUCGACGACGAGUGAACCCGCCUCGCGGUCGUUGCCGCUUAAUUGUGUUUUUUUUGUAUUUCGUCGUCACCAGUACGACAUUCGCACUGCGAAAUCCGCCUCACGCGUCCACGUGCUUUUCCGUCCGUCCGCCCUACAUCGUACGAACGUGUCAGCCACGACGUGUUAUAGUUUUGCCGUUUUUGUACCGCGUUGUCACGUCGCGACAACGGGUGCCGAACGUAGUUUUGCCCGCGCCGGCUUAUUUGAAUAUUCGUUCCGACGUCUCCACGCCUUCGUCGACCAAUUCGCCGUUUUCGACGGAAGUGCCAUUGUCGCACACUUCACCGACGUGACCAACAUUAUCAUCGUCGUUUGGGACAACAGCUCCAUCACCGUUUUAUCACCUGCUAUCAACCAUCAGCGUUAUCAGGUCGUACACACGCUCACUAUUUGUUUUGUUAUCAUUUAUCGUCAUACGUCUUCGACGUGUUUUGUAUUAUUUUUUAUCUGAUUUAUUCGUCGUACUCGACGCACAUAUUAUUAUAUUGAUUUUGCCGAUCGGCUUGUGAUCGCGCACCACUAACACUAGUACGUAAGAAUAUCUCGAUUGCAGCAUAUUAUAAUAAAUUGUCAUAUUUGUCUAAUGUAAA